AUGGCUAGGACGAGGCCGAGGUGCUCGAAAUCCUCCCUUGAUCUGCUACCUCUCUUCUUCUUGCGGUUGAUCUUCUUCUGCCAUGCCCAGCAGCAGUCGUACACGGGCAACGAGCUGUUGAACUGCUUCGGCGCCGAUGACUCCUCCAAUCUGGGCUAUUCCUGCCAUGGCGGCACGCAUCACUCCUGCGCCUCCUACCUCACCUUCCGAUCCCAGGACGCCUACCAGACCCCGCAAGAGAUUGCAGACCUGCUCGGCGCCGAUGCCGCCAGCGUCGCCGCCAUCAACGGCAUCGAAGACACGACCUCGGCCGUUCCCCAGGGCGAGCUGGUCCUCGUGCCCACCACCUGCUCGUGCUCUGGCUUAUACUACCAGCACAACGUCUCCUACACCGUGAAACCCGGUGACACCUACUUUACCGUCGGCAACAACACGUACCAGGGACUUUCCACCUGCCGGGCGCUCAUCGCCCAGAAUCCCUACGACCCCGUCAACAUCUCCAUCGGCGUCAGGUUUGUAAUCCCCCUCCGGUGCGCGUGCCCCACCGAGGACCAGGUUGCCGGCGGCAUCAAGUACCUGCUCACGUAUCUAGUCACUUGGGGCGACGAUCUCUCCUCGAUCGCCGGCCGGUUUCAUUCCGAGUUAUUGUUCCUGUUGAUGUAUCCCAACAACCUGACGGCCAACGCUACCCUCUACCCCUUCACGACUCUGUUGGUGCCCCUCGGAGAAGAGCCUACCAGGGUCUCCGAACCUGCCGCAUCGCCGCCGCCGCCGCUAGCUGAGGCAAGUGCUACAAUAACUAAUACUAAUCUCCGAAUCAAGUUGUCUAUCCGAUUCUUUGAUGUCUAA